AUGUCGUCCGAAAAAGCGCCUUCCACCUCUGAGAUCUUCGAAGAUGCCUCGCGAGACAAGCACCUGCAGAACAAGCUAUGCACCGUCCGUAUUCUGGACAGCGUUCAAACAGCCAUCACUCUCUUGGGCCUCCUGAUGGGCCUUACCGUCCUCGGGGUCUCCGCCAACACUCUCUCAGUUUACGAUUCCACCAAGCCUCUACCGGGGUCUUUCCUGUCCCUCUGGCCUCAGGAGUUUAACAUCCGACCAACCGUGGCCCUGGUCGCCGGCAGCGCCAUCAUCACUGUCCUCCACAUGGUUGCCUUGGUCUUUGCCAAGGUACAAUUCCUUCGCACAAGCUCAACUGUCCAAGUGUCUCUAUCGUUUGCGCUCCCCUUCUUCUCCCUUGUCGCCGCUCUCAUCGCCGUCAUCUUCUUCUACUCCGUCAACGCCUCUGACUCUGUCGAUACCUUUUUGUCCUGGACCUGCCGGUGGCGUGCGGUUCCCAUGUGGACGCAGCCAAACUGGGGGACUCUGUGCAAGCAGAGCAAGGCAGGCAUCUACCUGUCCAUCCUGCUGAUCCCCGUGGAAGCUGGCGCGCUGGCGUUGAGCGGGUGGUUGCUAAAGGAGAGAAACUACGUAGAGAGAUAUGUCAAUGCUAGGAAGAGUCCUGCUCUUUCUUAG